AUUUUACAAAUAACCUCUUAUAAUCCAAAGAUAUUUAAACAAAAAAUGGCUAGUAAUAACUCAGCAGUUUUAGAUGUACUUGUAGAAAAUAAAGAGAUUUCUUCUAUAUUAAAAGAUACUAAUGAUUUUGAUCGCUCUAGUAUAUGCAGCGGUUCAACUUAUGAUAACUCACUGGUACAGUCUCCUAGUAUAGAAAGUUUUUCUACUAUACAUGAUAUAGAAAAUCUUUCAGAACUAAACAUGGAUGAGAAUUCGGACCUCUGCGUUAAAAUUGAUAAUCCUCAAAAACACUUGGAAACGUUAGAAACCUUUAUCACAUUUAGAAUAACUACAAAAGUUGCUAGAAUAGAAUUCUCUGAUAACGAAUAUGUAGUACGUAGAAGGUAUAACGAUUUCCUGUGGUUACGGCAAAAGUUACUAGAGUGUCAUCCUUUUUGUAUCAUACCACCUUUACCAGGUAAACAUUCUUUAAUGGGCCAGUUAGAUAGAUACUCUAAAGAUUUUAUAUUGUUAAGGAUGAAAGCAUUAAAUGUUUUUAUUACAAGAAUUACACAGCAUCCAAUACUAAGUUGUAAUGAACAUUUUAAAAUAUUCUUAACAGCUAAACAGUCAGAUUUUAAUUUAUUAAGACGACAGAGAACUGCCAUAGAACACAAGGUGAGGACAUUAAGUCACGCAAACUCAACACACUCUGUAUUAAAAAACCGCCAUAUUGAAUUCGAUAAAACGAAGACUUAUUUAAUCACACUCGCAGAGAAAUUGUCGUCUAUUGAGAAGAUAUCUAACCGCAUCAAUAAGGAACGAUCUGAGUAUGUUACAGAGUUAAACAGUUACCAUCCUAUAUUCACCACUUGGGCUACUUCGGAACCUGAACUCUCCGAAAUAUUGCAAAAUAUAGGUAGUGCGAUGGAACGGAGUUCUGCCGCUCAGAAUGCACUAGUGCAAAGUUAUAAUACUACGGUAGGCAAUCCUAUUAAAGAUUUCUUGGCCUAUAUGGAUGUGGUGCAGGAAACUAUAAGGAAACGGGAAUCGUAUCAGUACGCAUACGAGGUGUCUAUGGAGGAACUCGGUAAACGUCAUUCCGAGAAAGAUAAGCUGAUCGCGAUGUCGCAGAAUCCAUCCCAGAACGCCGGGAGCUUCUCGCUGUGGAAACAACCUACCUGCGAUGAUAAAUUAGAAAAGUUGGGGUCGUACAUCCCACAGCUGGUGAAGAAGGUGGAAUCGAACCAGGACAACCUCGAGUGCGCCAACGAGUCGCUGCGCAGCGACCUGCAACGCUGGCAGCAGGAGAAGACGCUUUGUUUGAAGAAGAUCCUCCUCGACUUUGUCGGCAAACAAAUAAACUAUUACCAGGCGACCGUCAACGCUUGGGAGUACGUGGCUAGUGAAUUAAACCAACAAAACACCAGUACGAGAAGUAAUGCUAAGUGAUACAUUUUAUUACGUUUAAGUAAAUAGAUCUCCUUAUACAUUCCUUUAUUUAUUAUCUAUUACCUUAAAGUUAAUAUAUUAUGUUACUAUUUUAAA